CACAGGUAGACAUGUUAAGUGAGAUUAAUAUUGCGCCACGAAUACUCACAAAUUUCACUGGAGUGAUGCCACCUCAGUUCAAGAAAGACUUGGAUUCCUAUCUCAAAACCCGCUCUCCUGUCACUUUUUUGUCUGACUUGCGCAGCAACCUACAGGUAUCAAAUGAACCUGGCAACCGCUACAACAUCCAGCUGAUUAAUGCCCUGGUGCUCUACGUAGGCACUCAAGCUAUUGCGCACAUUCACAACAAAGGCAGCACACCCUCUAUGAGUACCAUUACUCACUCAGCUCACAUGGACAUCUUCCAGAAUUUGGCAGUAGACCUGGAUACUGAAGGCCGGUACCUUUUCUUGAAUGCAAUUGCCAACCAGCUGCGAUACCCCAACAGUCACACCCACUACUUCAGUUGCACUGUGCUCUACCUGUUUGCAGAGGCCAACACUGAGGCCAUCCAGGAGCAAAUCACUAGGGUUCUCUUGGAACGACUGAUUGUAAACAGGCCUCAUCCUUGGGGUCUCCUUAUUACUUUCAUUGAGCUGAUAAAAAAUCCAGCAUUUAAGUUCUGGAACCAUGAGUUUGUUCACUGCGCCCCAGAAAUUGAGAAGUUGUUCCAGUCAGUCGCACAGUGCUGCAUGGGGCAGAAGCAAGCCCAGCAAGUGAUGGAAGGGACUGGUGCCAGUUAGAUGAAACACAUGUCAUGUUGUAAGUGUGCCAGCCUGGGGAUCCUCAUCCCAUCAACUGACAGAAGACUCUGUAAGACUCCUCCUGAUCUUCCCAGCCCCCUUGAUUGGGUAGACACAACCAAUCCUGGGUGAAAGUUGUUCUAAAAGUUUCAGUCAUUCAAAAAUGUUCCAAAGUUUUAAACCAUUUUUUUUUUACUUUUGGCCAAAUUCAGACGAUGCUGUGAAUAUCAUUUUGAACUAGUGUAAGUACAAGGAACAGAAACGUUUGUCUGGACUUCUGGGUUUGUGCAAAUUGUGUAAAAGGCAGGUGGGUAACUGGUGCCUGUCCAGUUUUGUAAUAAAGGGGCAGCUGCUGAUGCCAAGCACUUGUCUGGAGCAGACCUCCUUGUCCUGAUGUUCCCAGACUCCCAAAGAAUAUUGAAAAGCUAGUUGUCAUAUUAUAUAACUUAUUUUUCUUUAUGUGGAUGGGGGACCUUUAAAUCACUAAGUUGUUUUAUCAAAAAAAAAAGUGGAUGUGUUUGGAAUGUGGGAAUACUAUGGAACAUGGGAAAGGGGGAGGGGAGGGGGUUAAGGUUCAGUGUUGCUUUUUCAUCAAAUGCUGAUAGAUAGCAGGAGAGUACCUCCUUUCUGUUGAAGAUGACACCUCAGGCAGGCCCUUUGGGAGAGGGUCAGCUGGCUUUAGUGAAGAAACCAGGGACCAGGCCUAUAGGUUUUUUGUUGUGGGGGGAGUUUUUUGUGGUUUUUUUGGGUUGGUUUUUUUUUUGAGAGGGGGUAUGUUUAUUUGACACCUGUAAAUUUCGGAAGGUAGGGGGGUUAAAUCUAGACCUUUUCCCACCCUCACACCCCAUGACCACACAUUUUAAGUUAGCAAAAAAAAAAAAAAAGAAAAGGUAAAAACAAACAAACCCCAAUAAAACAAAAAAUCCCAAAGGCCUAAUGCAGCCUAUUUUGUAAGGACUUUGAAUAUUUUAUAAAGUAUUGGUCUAUGUGUUGUAUUUUGUAGCCUUUCUAGUUCUUGGGCUUUAGUUCUUCCACUUCUUGUAUGUAUGUAUGUAUACUGUAGUUACACAUUAAAGUUAUGAGACGCA